UGCUUGGUUUUUUAAAUUUGUUAAAAAGUUAUGGAUUUGUAUGAUGGAAUUUUCUACACCAAUAUAGUUUAAUUUUAUUUAGAAUACUACAUGUGAAUUUUUUAUUUCAUCAGUUUCAUGGUAUGUAGUGAUUUAGAAAUAGAUUAAAUUUUGAAAUUUCGGGAUAUUAAAUUUUCCUCCCAUAUCCCUUGGUUUUAGGGUCUAUAUCUUAAAUUUCAGGAUUUUCCAGGUUAUUUGAAACUCUAACUUCCAUUGUAUGUUCUUUAAUGGAAGAAAUCUUUAAGCCACAGGGCUUCUCAAUCUCGUCCCCAGAGCUCCUUUUUCCCUUUCUGAUAUGCGUGCUGGCGCGAAAGAAGUAGCUCUGGGACUGGCCGGUUAAAGUUUGAAUUUCAUUGGCUCUUCAAUUACGCGAGUUUUAAGACGAGUUGCUUCAAGGCGAGAACGUAACGUAAUUUAAAAUGGCGGAAGAUGAUGUGCGGGAUUUGUUAUGUUGCUGUUUGUUAAUGGUUGAAGUUUGAAGAUUUUUAUUACAUAAAGAAUAAAAUUUAAAAAAAUAUUAUUUUGGUAAUGCUUACGACCAUGUUGAAAAGAUACCUGUAAAAAGAUAUAAUGCAAGGUACUUAUAAAUAGGUUUUUCUCACCUUUUGUUUAGCUAAAUUUUUUUCACACUUUUUUUCUAUGCUUUUUUACACCUGUUUAUACCCUACAGCUGGCUUUAAAUCUGACAAAAAGUUAAUCAUGAUCUUAUGUGUUCUUAAAAGGAAAGGUUAUAGCUAGUAAGAAAAACUCAGGUAGUGAAAAAACUAGAGCUAGACUAGCUAUAUAUUCUCAUCAUGUAACCAUGCAUCAACAUGUUUGGAAAAAAUAAAAGAAUAACUGCAGAAGAUUCACCAAAAAGGUUUCCAACAACAUCAACACCUAAAAAAGUUUAUGCAAAAAAAGAUUUAUCAACAGCAUGCAGAUUAUGUUCAAAUAAUGUGGAGCAAAAACGUUUAUUCAGUAUAUUUAACAAGGUUGGAUUAGAAAAAAAUUUAAAAAGGAAAAUAAGUAGAACUUGUGGAAUUGAUGUGAAUGAAGCAGAUGUUUUACCAGCAGUAAUUUGUCGAACGUGUAUGAAUUUUAUUGAAAAAAUGUGGACAUACAGAAAAAAAUGUCAAGAAAGCCAAAUCAAUUUACGUAAUAACAUAGCUGUUAAAAGAAUGCAUUUAUCUCCCAGUGGGUCCAAAGUUGAAAAUUCAAAAAUAACACCAAAUUCAAGAAAAAAAUUAUUGUUUCACACUUCUAAAAUAGAAAAUCAUGUACAAAUAUUGGAUGCAAUGCCUGAUAUACAAUCAACUGAUAAAAACCAAUGUACUGAAGAAAUAAUUACUUUAACAGAUCAAUCAAAAAUCAUAGAAGCUGUUACAAAUCGAGAAACAAAAGUUAUUGCUGAAGUAAUUUCAAAAACUCCUGUUAUGACAAAAAUUACAAAUAUCAUAAAGACAGAGUUGGAGACCUCCUCAAACAACUUGUGCAAAAGGAAAGGCAAUACAUCUAUGCUACUAGAUAAUACUUAUUCAGGAUUGGCUAAAUUCUCUAAUCAAAAACUGUGGCUGGAAGUGGUUGAAAAAUACCCAUUUCUUGUGGAAAUACUAAACUCGAUGGCUGGACAAAGUUGCGAUGCUAAAUCUACACCCAAAUACUUGCAGAUAAAGUAUAACUUCAUCUACUCUAUCAUUAUGAACAUCAGGUGGCAUGAACUAAGUUUAAUGCAAAGACUCAACAGUGUCAUGUUUAUAGAUGGUGGAUGCAGUAAGGAGGUAUGCACUUUGUUAUUAUAUUAUUGUAACAUAUAUAUGCACCUUUACAAAAUUAAAAACUAACAAAAUAUUUACACAAAGUAUUUAUAUACUACUUCAACAAGAUUCAACUAUAUCAAAA